AUGGAUAAGAAUUAUGAAUUUCAAUACUACCAGAAUUUAAUGAAAAAGGAGUUAAAAGAUUAUGAAGCACACUCAGAUGUUUCUUGUAAAAUUGGAUAUAGUGAUUCUGAAUCAGAAGGGGUUGCGUCAAUAAAAGAAAUGCCAUAUUAUGCAUAUAAAAAAAAUGUAAUAAAUAAUAAGAAAGAAAAAUUAGAAAAGCCGAUAUGGAAAAGUUUUUAUGAUAUAGAAGAAACAGCAAAAGAUUCAUAUUCUGAUUAUGAAUAUUCAAAAAAUAAAAAAGUUGAAAGUGAAAUUGAGUCACCUAGGUUUGGGAAUACAUCCGAAGAUGAUUAUAAAAAUAGUGAAAGGGUGAAUAAUGAGAGCUAUAAACAAAAUGAAAAUAAUGAAUGGGAAAAUAAUUAUAUAGAUGCAAUAAAUGAUUCUGCAAAAAUUUAUCCAUUUGAUAAAAUAAAUAAUAAUGUAAAAAAUUCAUUAAUAAAUAAUAGAAAUGAUAAUAGUUCAAAUGAAGACUUUAUAUAUAUGUCUAAUAAUCUUAAUUAUAAUUUUAAAGAAGAAUUAGAAAAAAAUAUGUUUAAUAAUUUAAAUAUGUUUAAGAAUUUAAAAAAAAAUAAUUUUGAUGAUGCUACUAAACAUUUUAUGAAACCUAAAACAUUUAAAGACAUAAAUGGGUUAUAUUAUGAUACAAAUGAAAAAGCAAUCGAUAUUGAUUUGCUAAAAAUGGAACACGAAAAAUUAACAAGAAUGAGUAGUUUGACAAAUCUGAAUCGUAUAGAAUGCGAUUAUCUUGCACAUAACAAUUUUCCAAACACAUCCAAUGAUAAUGAAUAUAAAAAAAGUAAAAUAAAUAAAAGUGGUAAUAAUAAUUAUACUAAAUUGAGAAAAAAUAUAUUAGACAAAAAUAUUCGUAGUGAUGAAAUAAAUAACACACCAUUGUCUUCUGAUGAUAUAAAUUCAUAUAUUUAUAAUCGAAAUGUAAAAGAUUAUAAUAUAGACCUUAAAAAUAAGGAAAUUGAAAAUAUUAGAAAAAUUGGAAAUAAAUCCAAAGGGAAAAAUACAAUAUUGAAGAAGAUAGGAGUGUAUUGGGAAAAUAAGAAGGAAAUGCAAAAUGAGGAAAGUUAUGAAGAUGAAGAAGAUGAAGAAGACGACGAAGAUGAAGAAGAUGAAGAAGACGACGAAGAUGAAGAAGAUGAAGAAGACGACGAAGAUGAAGAAGAUGAAGAAGACGACGAAGAUGAAGAAGAGGAAGAAGAAGAAGAAGUGGAAGAAGAUGAAAGCAAAAAAAAACAUACAUAUAAAAGUGGAAAAAAAAGAAAUGAUAGUGAUAGGUUUUUAAAAUUAAAAAAAAAAGAUAAUAUGCCAAAUGAUGUAGUUAAUAAUAAAAAUAAUACAAAAAAUAAAUCAAGAGAUGAUAAUAAUGCAAAAAAAAGACAGAAUAUUAAAAAAAAUAUAAAGUCUUUUGCAGGUACACCUAAAGGUGUAUCUAAAGAAAUUGUUAAAAAUAUUAUUAAGAGCAUUGUUGAAAAUUAUGAUAAUAAUUACAGUGAAGAUUUUAAUUCUAACAAACUGACUAUAAACGUUGAAAAUGAGGAUAGUGAAAAUAAUCAAAAAAUGAAUAAAAGUAUAUUAGAACCACAAAAUAUAUCAGAAAAUGAAGAUUUGAUAAACGAACAUAUUGCCAAAAAAAUAAAUUUUGAAUGGUGGAAAUCCACUGAGAAAAUUGAUAAUAAAGAAAUAGAUGGGAUUAAAAAACAGAAGGGCACCUCUGAUAAAAUUAAUAACAAAGACAAUUUAAUAGAAAAAGAAAACUCAAAUAAGGAGAAAAUUGGUAAUAGAUAUGAAAUACCAAAGAAUAUUUCUUAUUAUGUGAAUAUGAAUCGAAAAAAAAAUGCUGAAAAAGUUAUAGGUAAUAAUAAUAAUUUUGGAAAAAAUAACAAUUCCGAAGAUGAUAAUGAUGAAUGCGGUUCUAAUGAAAAAAUUGAUUCAUGUGAAAACGACAAUAACGUUGAUGAUUCUAAGGCAGAGGAAAAUUUUAAAUCACAAAAUAUAAUGAAACAACUCAAUAUAGAAUAUAAUAAUAAUAAUAGUUCUUCAUUAAGUAACACAAAUAAAGAGUCAAUUCGUAAUGCUUUAUACUGUGAACGCGAACAAAUAUCAAAUUAUGAUAAUAAUAAAAAUAAACUUCUAGAAAAUGAAAAGAGUUUUGAAAAUGAUAAAUACUCUGGUAAUACUAUUAAUGAUUUAUACUUUUUCUAUGAUAAAAUAAAUGAGCAUUUUGAAAAAGAAAAUGAUGAUGACCUGAAUAAUAAGAAUAAGUCAAAUUUAAUUUCAAAUGAUUCUGAUGAUAUAAAAAAAAAAAACUUAAUUGAAUAUGCACAGAAAAAUGUGAAAGAACAAAGCAUUAUCGAUAGAAUUCAUAAGAAUUUUAAUGAUUAUGAUAAAAAUGAUAGAAAAAAUGAAAAAAUUGAUAUAUUUUUAAAAUAUUUAAAAUGUGUAGAUAAAAAUUUAUUAGAAUCUGUUUUUGCAUUUUUUGUGGAGAAAGAAAGUAAUAUUGAAAUAAAAAAACAUUUAGAAACGAUUUUAUUAGAAAAACGAAAUAAAGUAAAUCAAUUAACCGAAACAACAAAUAUAUUAAUGAAUAACCAAAAUACCCAAACAGUUAAUAAAGAUUUAAAACAUGAAGGAAUACAAACUAAUAAUAUAAAAAAAGAAGACAAUUCAAUACAAACUGGUAUUAAGGAUAUAAACAAUCAAAUAUAUGUUAGAGAAAAUAUGGUUAACAAAAAAACCAGUAUUGAUUCAAUUUUUUUUAGAAAUUUAACUAAAGAUUCGGGACUUCUAGAAGAAGCAAAUGCAGCAUCUAAAAGUAAAAAAUAUGAAUAUGGUGAAAAUAAAAAUAUCAACAUAAGUGCCAACUUAAAUAAAGAUGAAUAUGAAGAAUUGAAAAAUAUAAUUGAUUUAAAAGCAAAUAUUCUGGAAAAAAUAAAAAGUUGUUAUAAUAAUAUGGAUACUGAAAACAACUAUGAAGAAGCUAUAUUAAUGAUAAAUGAUAAAGGGGAGCAUCAAAAAAAUAUCAAUAUUAUUGAAAGGAACUAUAGGGAUGAUAAUAAUUCACACCAAGUUAAUAAAACAAAGAAAAAUAACAAGGAUAUUAGCAAUAAUUUGUAUAAUAGUAAAAGUAUUGGAGAUAAUUAUGUUCAAAACAAAAGUGUAAUAACAACAGAAACAUUUGAAACAAUUAAAUCAUUUGAAGAUAAAAUAAAAAUAUUAAAAUUACAGAAUGAAAGAUUAAAAAAAAAAAUAGAAAAAUUGUAUGAUGAAAAGGAGAAAAUAAAAAAUGAUUAUAAAAAAAUGGAAAAAAUAAAAAAAAAUCAAGAUAAUUUAUUUGAAGCUACUGAUAAACAUAUUGAAAAACUUCAUUGCGAAUUAGAAAAUAUGUCUAAACAAAAUGAACUUAUAAAAAUAAAUUUGAAAGAUAAGGAUAUGAAAAUAAUAGAAUUGGAAUCUCAAAUAUGCAAUAAUAAUAUGUAUAGUAAUGAAUGUUUAAACCACACAAAUUUAGAUGUAAAAAAUCGUGAAAGCAAUACUAAGGAACAUGCAAAUAACAACGAUGCACAUUCUUUGAAUGAUUCAAUAACAGACAAAAAACAAAUUAAAAAACAAAUUGUCCUAUUGCAAGAUCAGUUAUUUAUGUUAAAAAAUGAAAUUAAACAAAUGGAGUUUUUGAAGUCUAAAAAUAUGGAAUUAAACAAAUUAUUAAAUAUGAAAAAAUGUAAUAUAAAUGAAAAUGAAAGAAACAUUGACAAAUUAGAAAAAAGUAUCGAUAAACUUAAGGAAAAAAAUUUUAAUUUGACUGAACAAAUUUGUGAUUUAAAAGAAAAAAUUAUAAUGCUUGAAAAAGCUGCACAAUUAAGAAAUGACGAAAGCAGCAACACAACUGCCAGUAGUAUUGAUAGUGGUACUACUAUUAAUAAUGAAAUAAAAAUAAUGAAAGAAGAAAUCGAAGCAUUAUAUAAAGAUAAAAUAAAAUUAUUAAAAUCUAAUUUAGAAGAAAAAACAAACAAAAUAAAUAUAUUAAAUACAUUAUUAAAAACUUCCAAUGAACAAUCAAUUGAACUUAAUAAGAAAAUAAAAUGUCUAUUAAAAGAAAAUAAAAAUUUACAAAAAAAUUAUGAAAAAUCCAUUAAUGAUUUAAAAAAAAUUAAUAUAAAAUAUGAAGAUAUAUUGAAAGAAAAUUCCAUUAAACCAGAUAGUAUAAUUACAACUUUCGAUUUAAAUAAUGAAAAAAUUGAACACAACACAGUUAAGCAAACCGACGAAUUUGCUCAGAUAGAUGAUUCAUAUGAUAUGAACAAAUUCAAAAAAGUUUAUGAUAUUCCUAAUCAUAAAGAUAAUAGAGAAAAUUGUUAUGAUCAAAUAAAAACAGAAAUUGAUAAAAAUCUGUAUGAAAAAAAAUGUACCCCUAAUUUAAAAGAAACACAAACAGAUGAUACAAAUUUAGUAUUAAUUAGUGUAGAUAAAAAAGAAAUGGCAGAAAUAAAGAAAAACGAUUAUAAUAUUCUAGAAGAUAAUAAUUCAAAAAUAAAUGGAAAAAAUACCAUGUUCAAUAACAGGAAAGAAAAUAUAUAUACGAAUUUAUUGAAGAAUGAAAACAAAUAUGUUAAUGUAAACAAUAUAUUUGAAAUUGAUAGUAUAAGGGAAAAUUUGCAAAAUAUGUUCAGCAACACUAAUGAAAAUGAGCCUUUUAAUAAUUAUGGAAUAAAUAAUAAUGUACAUAGAUAUACAAACAUGAACAAAAUAAAUGGAUAUUCAGAUUCACACCUUUCAAAUAAUAUAGAAAGUGAGCAUGUAUCUAUUCAAAAUACAGAAUCAUUACAGAAUAUAAACAAAUAUGUGAACAAAAUAUAUGCACCAAUAGAAGAUGUAUAUAAUAGAAAUAAUUUACAAUUCAUAAGUUUACAUAAAAACGAUGAAAACAAUCGUUACACAAUUUCAGAAAAUGGUACUAUAAGUCAAAAUAGUGUAGAAAAAAACGAUAAUUCUAAUAAAUAUUAUAUAAGUAAUAAAGAAAAUAUUAUUGAAAAUAAUCAAGAAAAUUCAAUAAAAAAUAGUGAUAAUGUGAAUAUAAAAACAUACGAAUGCUUAAAUAAGAUUAACGAAUUCGAAAGUGCAAAUAAUGAGUCAACACUGAAUAAUACUGAAACUGAAAAUAAUUCAACUAACGAUUUUAAAAACAUAAUUUAUGAAGACAAUCAUAUUGCAUAUAAUAAUAAAAUAAUUGAAAAUUAUAAUGAUCAAGAUUUGAAAAAUUAUUAUUUAAAUUCGCAAAAAACGAAUAAUAUGAAUGAGUAUAAACCAAAUGAUAAUAUGGCUAAUGAAAAAAAGAAAAAAGGAGAAGCAUGGAUAAUUGACAUAAAAAACAAUGAAGUUUUUCCAUAUACUAAAAUAGAAAAAUGUGUUUUAUAUGAUGAAAAAGAAUCUGGAACUAAAAAAAACAAUAAUAAAAAGAAGGGUUGUCAAAAAAAAUAUUCAAAGAAUAGCACAGUAAAUGAUAUGCGAAAUAGAACAUAUAACAUUGUUAAACGCCCUAAUGAAAGCAUUAAAAUGAAUAAAACUGCAUUUGCAAACAAAAAGAAAAAUGCAAACUUAUAUAUGCAUAAGACAAAUGGAAAGAAAUUAGAUUCACUUGUAAAUGAUAUUUCAAAAUUAGUUAAAAAUAAAAUAAAAGAGGAAUUAAAGGGUAAAAAUGUAUCUAAAGAUAUAACCAAUUUUGAAAUAACAAAAAUAAAAAAAAAAAAUCCAAUAUCAAAAAGUGCUUUAAAUAAUAUAAGACAGGAUACUGCUAUAAUUUCGAGUGAUACAUUCUCAUUAUCUUCGGAAGUAUUAAAUAGCACAUUUGAGAAAGUAGAUGAAAAUAAUAAGGAUAAUAUUGUUGAUAAAAAAGGAUGUAAUAGUGAUAAAAAUUGUAACGAUCAAAUCAAUAAUGGAACUUUUGAAAAUUCUUUUAAUCACAAAACUGCUUAUAGUGUUAAUUUUACAACAGAUGAAAAUAAACAAAAUGCAUAUGUAUCUAACAAUGAUAUAAUCGAUACUAAUCUUCAAAAAAAUUACAUGAAUGAUUUUAUUAUGGAUAAUAAAAAUAAUUAUUCCUUAUAUAACCCUAGUUAUGUAAACAAUGAUAUAUUAUUGAAUAAUCUCACAUUAAAUCAGAAAUAUAUGAAUGAGCCAGAAUAUUUUAAUAAAAAUUUAAUGGAUAUACAACAACUAUUACCUGAUAUGCUAUUUAAUGACGUCAAUGAUUUAUAUUAUAAUAUGAAUUUAAAUAAAAAUGGACUAGAUAGUUCGAAAAUGUGCAAAAUUGAUAUUUCUGCAAAUAAUAAUAUAAAUUAUGAUAAUUUAAAUUAUCAAAAUUGGCCAAAAAUAAACUUGUUAAAUCAAAAUAAUUUUAAUUCAAACACUGAAAUUAUAAAUGAAUAUAUAAAAAAUACAAAUCCAAUGGUUAAUGGAUUCAUGCAAAAUAAUAUGAACGCAUUUAACGGCAUAUCAAAUGGUAAUCGGCAUAGUGACAAUUAUAUUUUAGACAAUAACAUAAAUGAUCCUGAAAAGGAUAGCACUAAUUAUAGUAUAAAUAUUAUGAACAAUUAUAAUGAUAUUAUUAAAAAUAUAAAUGGAUGUCCAUUGCCUGGUACACUUGAUAAUAGCAUCAUUAACCCGUUAUUAUCGUGCAAUAAUAAUAGUGAAAAUAUCAAAAUGAGUUUUGAAAAUGGCAAAUUUAAUUCAUAUAUUCCCAGUUUUAACGCACUAAAUCUAGAAAAUAACACUACCCUUUAUUUACAAAAUAAUAAUAAAUGUUUAAAUCAUGAUACUACAAAUACUAGUGAAGUAAAUAAAAAUAUCCAAGCUGAAUUAGUAAAUAAAAUAAAUAAUUCGCAUGUCUCAGACAAAGCUUUAAAUAACCAGGUUGAAAAUGCAAAUAAUAAAGAUGUAAGAGAUAGUGCAGCAGAAAAAAAUGUUUACAAUAGUCAUACAAAUAAAUUCCAUAACCCAAAAAAUAAUAAAGUAGUAAGCACAAAAAAUUGUCAUGAUAAAAAAAAUAACUUAAUCAAAAAAAGCACUAAUAGAUCAAAAUCUGUUGAUAUUAAAAAAAAUGAUAAGAAAGGGAAUUUACUUAACGAAAAUAAUUCUAAGCGACCAAAAAUUAAAACACAAAUAUUUAAUUAUACAGAAAACAAAAAUGGAUUAAGAGACAUGUCAUCUUAUGCUAAGAAAGUUUUAGAGGAUAUGAAAUCUCUCAUACCAUCAAAUAUUAGCAGUUUAAAUACCACCGGGAAAAACAACAAAAUUGAGAAAAAUUGUUUAAGCUCGGAAAUAAAUAAUAUUAUCACUGCCAAUGAAAGUCCAAAUUUUUGCAAAGAAAAUAAUGAUAUUGAAUUAAACAACCUACAUAAUAAAUUCUCAAAAACUGAGAAUGAAAAUACUGUUGAAAGUAAAGUACCCACAUAUUUUGAUUAUGAUAAUAAACAAAAUGAAAAGGAUGAUUGCGCUGACAAAUAUACAAGUAAUAAUGAUAUGCCUACUGUACACAAUGUAAAUGACAAAAAAAUUAAUAUAAACAAUAAUAUGGAUAAUGUAUAUUUUGAUAAGAAACACAGCUUUCAAUAUAAUAAUGAAAACAUAUCAAAAGAAAAUCGUCAAAAUACAUAUUCCAAAGAUUCAUACAAUUUAAUGUAUAACAAAUUCAAGAGAACCUCAAGUGCUGUUAAUAAUUCAUUUAGCAUUCCCCCCAAAUCUGACAGCAAUUUAUUCCAAUCUGAAACACGAAAAUCACUAUCCAAUUUUCGCGAAGCCUUAAAAAAGCAUGGAAUUUUAGGGUAG